AUGGCUCGUAUCAGGAGAAGAGGCGACUCUGGCGCCUCCAAGAAUUUCGUUACCCGAAACCAGGCUAUCCGAAAACUCCAAAUCAGCCUCCCCGACUUUCGAAAGCUCUGCAUCUGGAAGGGCAUUUACCCCCGCGAGCCUCGCAGCAAGAAGAAGGUUUCCAAGUCAUCUACUGCCUCGACCACCUUUUACUACCACAAGGACAUCCAAUACCUCUUGCACGAGCCUCUCCUUCAAAAGUUCCGCGACACAAAGGCCCUCGAGAAGAAGAUCUCCAAGGCUCUCGGCCGUGGCGAUGUCAAGGAUGCUGCCCGUCUCGACGGCAACGCUGCCCGCCCCGAGAAGACCGGAAAGCCCAACUACACUCUCGACCAUGUCGUCCGCGAACGUUACCCUACCUUUGUGGAUGCUCUGAGAGACUUGGACGACUGCUUGUCCAUGCUGUUCCUCUUUGCUAACCUGCCCUCAACCUCCACCGUCCCAGCCAAGAUGAUUGCCCGCUGCGAAAGACUCUGCCUCGAGUUCCAGCACUAUCUCAUCGUCUCGCGCAGCCUCACCAAGUCUUUCCUUUCCAUCAAGGGUAUCUACUAUCAGGCCAACAUUCAGGGCGAGGAGGUUCUUUGGCUCGUUCCUUACAAGUUCACCCAACGCGUCGUCGGUGAUGUCGAUUUCCGCAUCAUGGGCACCUUUAUCGAGUUUUACAUGACCCUUCUUGGCUUCGUGAACUUCAGACUGUACACGUCAAUCGGCCUCAAGUACCCCCCCAAGUUCGACUUGGUCAAGGACGAGAAUGCUGCCGAGCUCGGUGCCUUCACCCUCGAGGGCAAGACCCUGGUUGGCGGCGAGGAGCAGAAGCAGCUGGAAGAAAUUGCCCAUCGCCCCGACCCCAAGGUUCAGGCUGCUGUCAACAAGGUUGUCAAGUCAUUGACCUCUGGUGAGGCUAACGGCAACGAGGCUGAAGCUACGACUGAAGAGGAUGAGCAAGAUAACUCCGGUGCUCUCGACAAAUUUGAGCCUGUUGCGCCAGGCGGCGAUGUCCUGCUGCAGCCGGCGGCUGGUGGCAGCGGCCAGGGUGCUCUCUUCUCUAACUUCACUUUCUAUCUCUCCCGUGAGACACCACGUCAACCUCUCGAAUUCAUUCUCAAGGCUUUCGGCUGCAAACGUGUUGGCUGGGAUGCCACCCUCGGCGACGGUGCCUUCACCACCAACGAGCUGGAUCCCACCAUCACCCAUCACAUUGUCGAUAGACCUGUUCUGCAGGCUGUCACUGCUGAAGAGGGUGAUGACGCAGACAAUCAGACCUCCCAAAAACUUGUGCAAAACCAGCGUGUUCCUGGUCGUAUAUACGUCCAGCCGCAAUGGGUCUGGGACAGCGUCAACGAUGUCGAGCUAAAGGAGCCUCAUAUGUACGCUCCUGGCGCUUCUCUGCCUCCUCACCUGAGUCCGUUUGUCAAGAACGUACAGGGUGCAUACGAUCCCACAAUUCCUCUUGAGGAGCAGGAGCCUGAGAACGAGGCUCUUGAGGCCGAUAGUGAUGAGGAAAUUGAGGAUGCCGAUGCUGAUGCUGUUGCUGAUGAAACUGCUGAGGGUAUGGAUGUAGCCGAUGAGGGCGAGGAUGAUGACGAGGAUGAAGAUGAUGAGGACGAUGAAGAUGUGGAUGAAGAUGAGGACAAGGACGAAGAGGAUGAAGACGAGGUUGCACAGCGCCAGCAGGAGCUAGAAGCCGAGAUGACCGGUAACUCUGUCGACGCCAAGAAGGUCAAUGCCAAGACCAAGGCCAAGGCGGACGCCCGCAAGGCCUACUCUAAGAAGUCGCGUGAGGAAGCUGAGGAUCUUGAGCGUGCCAAGGGCAUGCUGAGCAAGAAGAAGCGCAAGCUGUUUGAACAGAUGCAAUACACAAAUAACAAAAAGAGCGCCGCUGACGAGAAGCUGCGCGCAAAGAGAAGAAGACUGGAAAAAGAAAAGGCGAAGAAGGCAUCGGCGUAA